UGAAAACCGUAACCAUCAGCUGUACCCUCCUCAAUUUUACUACUCUAUCUACUAAUCUUUCGAAAUGUCUCACCUCACCUAUUACAACUACGAAGGAGUUGGAAAAAGGAAUCAGCAAAAGUUCAAAUAUAGCCAAGCCGUGCGCAUAGGUGAUCGCAUUGAAUGCUCUGGACAAGGCGGCUGGGACCCAAACACUGGGGAAUUCUAUAAAGAGAUCAACGAGCAGAUCGACCAGGCGUUCAAGAACGUCGAGCUGAAUCUGAAGAACGCUGGCGGCAAAGGGUGGGAGCAGGUCUUCCGCGUGAACUCAUACCAUGUCCCCAUCAACAACGAAGCGCUGGAUGCCAUGGUCAGGAACUUUAAGAAGUAUAUGCCGAAUCAUGAGCCCCUGUGGACAUGUGUGGGCGUGACGAGGUUGGGGGAGGAUGAUAUGAGGGUUGAGAUUGAAGUGGUGGCUCAUGAUCCGAAAUAGUCUUUGACCAGGUAUUCAGGAAUGGGGGAUAAGCUAUGCGGCUCAUAAUCAAAGGCCAUGUAUAUGACUGCCAACUACCAUGCACGGUCCCAUGUGGCCUGGUUCAAGAAGUCAAAGUAUCCGUAGUCGUCUGGGAGCUGGCUCCAAAGUGCGAGAUC